AAGGCAUCCUCCUCUCCAUCCCAAAUCGAAACAGGAUUCCAUCAAAGCCCUCUUCCACUUCCAGCUGCCGCGGGGCAUCACCGCCACUUUGACCCUCCCUCCACCCCAAUUGCCCCUCGAGCAUCCAUUCCCACCUCCUCCUUCACCCCCAAGCCCCCUCCUCCUCCUCCUCCUCCUCCUCCUCAUCAUCAUCAUUCUCCUAUAAGUGCCGCGCCUCCGGCCGCUCUUGAUUCUCCGCAUAAAGGAAGGACGCGUCUCGAUCGGCUUGGGCGGCGGUUCUUGGACGGCGUCCCGGCGGUUCGGCUCCGUUUCUUGCGGCCGCAAUGGAGGGCAGGGCCGGCGGCGGAAGCGGCGACUACAUUUCCAGCCUCCUCACCUCGUCGCCGAUGCUCGACUUCGGCAUGCUGGACGGCGCCGUGACGGCGGGCGGGGAUUGCCUGGACAAGUUCUGCGGCGACCCGGGGUUCGCGGAGCGGGCGGCGCGGCUGUCCAGCUUCAACGGGCAGCACUUGGCGCCGGGGCUCCUAGGGAUGCUGCCGCCGGCGCCCGGCGGCGAGUUCGGCGGCUCGCGGGAGGCGUCCUCCGUGUCCGACCCUGCCUCUGCGAUGAAGGACGCCAAUGCCAAGAAGAGGAAGGCGCCCGCGUCCAAAGGCAAGGCCAAGGAGCCUUCCCUGAGCACCUCUUGCCAGGUCGGGGAGCACAAGGAGCCGGACGCCAAGAGGUGCAGGACGGGCGACGCCGAGAAGAAGGCGGCGGCCCCGGUGAGGCCCAAGGCGGAGCAGGCCGGGAGCGACAGCUCGGUGGAGGACGGCGAGCAGAGGAAGGGCAAGGGGAAGAAUGCCAAGCCGGUGGAGCCCCCCAAGGACUACGUCCAUGUCCGGGCAAGGAGAGGCCAGGCUACUGACAGCCACAGCCUUGCAGAGCGGGUGAGAAGAGAGAGGAUCAGCCAGCGGAUGAAAUUUCUCCAGGACCUCGUUCCAGGAUGCAACAAGGUGAUUGGCAAGGCACUGAUGCUUGAUGAGAUCAUAAACUACGUGCAGUCCCUUCAACGGCAAGUCGAGUUCCUCUCCAUGAAGCUGGCAACCGUGAACCCGCUCGACUUCAGCAACCUGCCCACGCUCCUGCACAAAGACAUGUACGGCCCAUCGGCGAGCUCCGUGUUCUCGCUCGAGAGCUCCAGCUCGGCCUUCCCGUUCAGCGACCAAGGGGACGUCUUCCAGUCGUUCCUGCCCAACAGCAUGGAGAGCCAGUGCACCCUGAAUCAGCUGGACUUGGCUCUCUCUCAGGCCACCAACGCCGCGCAGUACGGCUUCCAGGAUGCGACGGCCAGCACGAACUUGCAGCAGCAGAGGAACUUCUGGGAGGACGAUCUCCAGAGCGUUUUUCAUGUGGACAACAGACAGAGCCAGGAUAACGGGGUUUCAGCGGAGAGCUUCCACGGUGAUUUGCAAGCAGGCCAGAUGAAAAUGGAGUUCUAGUCGGCGUUGCUGAACGGAAAAUGAUCUGUACAUAGGAAUUCCUAUUAAGAAGAUGUGCCGCGGUGGCGAGUGAAGCUAUAGCUCUCAACUCUGAAGCUAACAGUCUCCGUAAUUAGGAUCUACUACCAAGGGACGAAUUUGUCGUGUCAUUUUCCGCCUGUAGGGCGGUGUGAUGUGAUUCCUCUAAUAUUACUGGCGUUGAUUAGUAGUAUAAUAUAUAAAUAUUAAGUGAUUAAUAUAACGGAGCGAUAAGUUGCAGCC